AUGGGCUGCACCUACAGAGCCGGUCUCAACCAUCUUUGCUCCAUUUGGUACACUCUGUUGGCCGUCGCUCUACAAGCAUACCUGCUCUACCUGGGUUUCGAGAGGUGAGCGUUAUUUGAUCCUCUUCUGAAUACUUUUUUCUUUUUUGAGUUUUUUUUAUCUGAAUUUCAUAGAAGGCUUUCAUUACACCGAACUCGAAAAUUUAGGACUGUUCUAUUGUUCCCUUUUCAGUUAUUUUAUUUUAUUGACUAUUUUACUGAAAAUCUUAAAGGUGUAUCACGAGAAUUUUUUUAUGAUGGAGAAAAAAAUAGAAGUAUUGCAGGGCCUAUUUGAUAAAAAAAUGCCCAAAAAAAUAAUGACUACUGAUCAAUCAAAUUUCGAUAUUACAUCAUAAAAAAAAAAAAAAAGUUCACUUUCUUUUAAUUAAUAAUUUCCUUUACAUUUGUGUUCUGAAUUUUUGCCUAUCUGGGCUCUUUUUCUCUUGAUUUCAAUUCCCAAUGAGCCAUUUCUCAAAUUAAUAGGUUUCACCUGCUUCAAACCACUCUAUUCCACUCAAUUCGAAAAGCUGAAUCUGUCAAGCAAUAAAUCUUUCAAAUUGCAGGUACCGGCUCUACAACGAGAUCAAAUGGCCGACCGCCGGGUACCCUCAAACUUGGCUCUCCGUGUACAUUAUUCUGUAUUCUGUUUGUAUUCCAUGUCUUCUUCUCUUUCUGGCGUUUGGAGUCUUCAAAUCCGGGAACAUUCCUGGAGACAAUGAAAAGCUGGCCGACAGAGAGGAGAGAGUCUUGGAGGUGUCCAGAAACAGAAAUGGAGAGAAAAACAGGUAAAUUUGCUAGUUUCUUUGAAAUAAAUUUUUUUAUCUAAGAUUCCCAGGAGUUCAUUUCUUGAGAAACAAUUUUUUUUGAAUAAGUCGUUCGGGUAUCAAUUUUUAACAAUAUUUCAUCAAUUUUGUACUGUGAGGAGUGUUUUACCAAGUUUUUCUGUUAUUAAUUUUAACAAUUCUCUCAACAAAAAUUUUGAUACAGGGAGAACAAGAGAGAGAGAAAGAGAAAAUACUCAAAAAUCGGCUUUUCUAGCGCUUUUCAUGCCACACAAAAAAUUUUUUCUAUUUUCAAAAGUUAUUCGAAAAGUCUCGAAUUCUCAUUCCGGGGCCAAUGGAAUUUAUGUGCGAUAGUCGUGCCCUUUUUCAAAGAAGACAGAAGAGGAAAAGGAGAUUAAAAUCGGUAAUUAUUGAGACUCCAGGGAAUUGGCGUCCAGCUCCGUAAUUCCAGGCCUUAUUAGAGUAGAACUUCUCCUUUUGGUUGUUCUGUUGGAGUAAAAUUUUGAUGGAAUAAAAAAAGAGAAGCUUAUCGAGAGAAAACUGAUAAGAUUUCGAAUUUUUCUGACUGAGACUGAUUUUUGAAUUUUUUUCACCAUAAACCUCUAACGGUGUCUAUAAUUACCAUUUUUCUGAUAUGGAGCUUUCCUAAUGCAUUCAUAAUCUUACAGGAUGCGUUCACCGGCUGAAGAUCAUCUGGCAGCAUCUUCCUCCUCUUCCGCAGCAAAUCCACAUCUUCGUUGCACUUUGCCAGCUGGUCGGCCAGCAAUUGAUGAUCGCACAGCUGUACCGCAACGGUUUCAUCAAUUCCGGUCCGUUUCUUCUUUUCCUUCGUUUUUUUUUCAUCUGGAUUAUGCUGCACCUGGGUUCGUGCCUGGUCGAGAAAUGGAUGGAGUAA